CCCGCCAUGCCUCGCGGCAGCGCCGCAGCUGUGCCAUGGCCUCCGCCGGCGCCGAGCCCGAGCGGCCGCACCCGAAGCCCUUCCUCAUCGGCGUCAGCGGCGGCACCGCCAGCGGCAAGUCCACAGUGUGCGAGAAGAUCAUGGAGCUGCUGGGGCAGAACGAGGUGGAGCGGCGGCAGCGCAAGGUGCUGAUCCUCAGCCAGGACUCCUUCUACAAGGUGCUGACGGCCGAGCAGCAGGCCAAGGCGCUCAAGGGCCAGUACAACUUCGACCACCCUGAUGCUUUCGAUAAUGAUUUGAUGCACACAACCCUGCAGAGCAUCGUGGAGGGCAGGACGGUGGAGGUGCCGACCUACGACUUCGUCACCCAUUCUAGGCUGGCAGAGACCACGGUGGUCUACCCUGCUGACGUUGUCCUCUUCGAGGGGAUCCUGGUUUUCUACAGCCAGGACAUCCGGGACAUGUUCCACCUGCGGCUCUUCGUGGACACCGACUCGGACGUGAGGCUGUCCCGCAGGGUUCUGCGAGAUAUGAAGCGUGGCAGGGACCUGGAGCAGAUCCUCACCCAGUACACCACCUUCGUCAAGCCUGCCUUCGAGGAGUUCUGCCUGCCGACCAAGAAGUAUGCAGAUGUGAUCAUCCCCCGAGGAGUUGACAACAUGGUUGCCAUCAACCUCAUCGUGCAGCACAUCCAGGACAUCCUCAACGGAGACAUCUGCAAGUGGCAGCGCGGGGCCGUGAACGGCCACGGACGCAGCUCCAAGCGGCCGUUCCCGGAGCAGCCGGAGGGCGGCGCUGUGCUGGGCGCUGGCAAACGCUCCCACCUGGAGUCCAGCAGCCGCCCCCACUGACCCCGCCCGGCCUCGCCUCUGGCACAACCGAGACAGCUCCGGCAGAGGACUUCGGCAGCCUGGCAGGGGAAGUGCCCUUGAGGCCAUCCCAGCAGCGGAGGGGAUGCUGGUGAGAAACUGCUGCCGGAGGGGAGGGGGAGGGUUGGCCUGAGGCCCCCUCUGCUCCCUGCGGCGUCUGCACGUAGGAGCUCACUCAGGGAGCUGGUGCAGGGAAGUGCUGCUUGCCUCAGUUCCACUCUCUAAUGACCUCUCCCCUGAGGUGAUCAGCAAGGCUCCCUUUUCCCUGAGGAUGCUCCUGCUCAGCAGGAAGUUCUCUGCAUCCAGGCCUCUUUACCCCAGCCUGGCUCUCACCCUGUUCAUUGUAACAAGUAGGUGCAGUCCUUGUCCUUCUCCACCUUGUUGGCACCUUUAGCUCUGGCACUGCUCUCCUGCCUCCUUUUUCAGCCUGUAGUGGCAGCUGGGGGCAGAGAGCUCCACCUGCAGAGCAGGCGGAGACAGAGAGAGCAGCGACUGUGGGCCACAUGGGACCUGGCAGGUCUCUGAGGGGGCAGGCCCUAGAGCCUGUGUGAUCCCAGUUCCUAACUAUUCCUUCCUAAGCUCCUGACCCUUGCUCUGCUCUGUGAUGUUUUUGGUACCCAAAUCGUCUCCUUUCUAACCGUUUCUCACCAUGUGAGCUCCAACAGGAUUGAGUUGCUCAUGGAAACAGGAGGCUGAGCUUGUCACUGCCUUUUAGGGCAUUUCUGUCCUGCUGGUUGCAGAUUCUGCUGGGUGGAAUCUGUCUGCUUCCAGAGCUGGGGUGGGUGAGAUCAAGGAGGGGCUGCUGUGCCUGGCAGGAGCCUCCUCCUGAUGGCACAAACAGCUCUGGAGAUGCUCUGCCCUCAGACAGGGUCAGAGCAUUUGCCUUGCACUCGGUUUGAACUCAAGAAUGACUUUCUGAGCGAGCAGCAGAGGCUGGGAGGAUGAACAGCAACAUCCCAGCCUCUGCUCUGAGCCCAGAGCAGGGACCCUGCAGCACCAGCAAGCAUCCUGAAGUGCUGGCUGAGGCUGUGGCAGUGUCCUUGUGGUGUCCUUCUUGAGUCUGGACUUUGGGGAUGAGUUUAAGUCUGAGGGGGGGUGGGAAGUAUUAUGAGGAACUGUUUCAUAUUUGCUAUUUGCAGCCCCCCAGGGCUGGCUGUGGGCUGUGUGUGUGCUCCUUUGGCUAAUAAGUGAACAAAAGUGACCAUUUUCUGUUCAAGGUCUUUGUGCUGCUUGUGCUGAGGUGCAGAGGAGCAUUUCUGGAGGUGCUCUUGUGCUCAGCACUUCUAAGCUCAGAAUUGGUUUGGUUCUGUAAUGGCUGAAGCCUUAGGAGGAAAAAAGAGGUUAAGGCAUCCUGUCAACCCUGCUCAGCACUGGCCCUGGGGGAAGCUGUUAGCUGGCAGGGAUCACUAAGGGAGGAGGAAGAUCAUGUCCCAACUGCUGCUGGUUAGCUCAGAGUGACAGACUUGGAGGAUGAGCUGCUGCCUGAAGCAUGAGCUGUGAGGCUGCCUGCAGCAGAAGCAAAAUAGUCACCAAAAGCCCCUCUGGAUGGCUGUGGUGUUGGAUCAUAGCUUCCUCUGGGGGUGGGGGAGCUCAGGGCUGCCCUGAAUAGCUUUUGUUAGAGCAGAAGGGCACUCAGGAGCACCUGCUCUGGGCAGGGCUGCUGCUCCUUGUUGGGGCUGAGCAAGAUCCUGCUGCUGCAGCCAUGGGAAACAAAAGUCCACCGUGGCUCAGGUACUGUAACCCUUGGGCAGGCCCCAGAGUGGUCCCAGCCCUCCUGCCCUGGGAAUUCCUCUGCUGCUGCAGGGCACAGGGUUUGAGUUGUUUCUCACUCUGAACCCAUCUGUACAAGCUGGAGCAGGCUUCCUUCUCAGCACAAUCAGCUCCACCUUGCUCCAAGUGCCUCCUCCUCUCAGAUCUAAGGUGUGACCCUGCAGCCCAGCAGAUCAAAUACAGCCACUGCUAGAACCAGGCCCAGGUGAGCACCACAAGAGCCUGGCCUCGGCUGACACCUGGGCCUGCCUGAAGCUGUUUCAGCUUGGUCAGCUGUAACAGUGAACCUGCUCCUGUCUGUCUGGUUUCUGUGCUGCUUAGCUUUAUGAAGCCUGCAGCAAAGCCAAAUGCUCAUCCAUAGCCAAGAGUCUCAGGGCAUCAUUCUGUGCAGCACGAGCUUAAUGCUGUAAGGUAAUGAAAGAGGGAUGAGAGCAGAGGAUGGAAAGGGAAGGGGGUGCAGAUAAUGCAUGGCUGUGGGAUGGUGCUGAAGAGUGCAGGGCUGGCAGCUGAGAGGUAAAGCAGGGUCAGCUUUAAAGCUGGGGAAACAAAAUGGAGUAGCAAAGCAAAUGGAGGGGAGGGUCUGCUCUGUCCAUUUACAGUGGUGUGCAGCUGCAGAGCAAGCUGCUAGGAAACACAGGACAGCUCUCAGUGCAAGAAGGGGUGAGGAAGAAACCAUCAGCUGCUGGGAAGGAGGCAGAAGACCCCCAGGAGCUGGGCUGCUGUCAGCUGAAGUCAGCCCCUGAGGAGCAGUGGAAGGGGGACUGCUAAGGCUGGAAGCUGCUGUGCUGAUCACAGCUCUGUUGCUGCCCAGACUUUGUUUUGUAACAGUCUCCUUUAUUUUGCUAUCCUGCUGUCAGGUCUGGGAUCAGGCUGGUCAAGGUGUUGAUGGUCACUAACAAUAAAGCCUUGGCUUUGCCCAAGA